AUGCGCGAGGCCAACUUCAGCAUCCCGAGCGCGAACAAGGCUUCGGUCGGCAUUACGCCUGCUCUCUACGACCGUCGCGCUCUUGAUUGCACCUCAACCCUCCCCUUGAUCAACUCACUCAACAACCUCACCUACCUCACUACGUCAUCCGCACGCAUCCGCGACAUCCUCACUGUAGACGGUGGUGUUGAACGCCUGGUCUGCAUUUUGAAAGAAGGCAGGAGCAAAGAUGCCAUGGAGAGUUGGAAAUGGAACCUGGCUUUCCAGUGUGUCUUCAACAUUGGUGUCAGAGGCUCCGAAGCCGUACGAACUCGUGUUGUUGAGGCCGACAUGGUACCUGUGGUAGCCACCCUUCUUGACAACUACAUCCGCGCCAUGGAGAAGCUGAAGAAGAAAGCCGAUGAGGACGCAAGACGCACCCCGGCCAACUUCAACCCUUUUCCCAACCUUCAGAGUCCUCCCCGAGCAAGUCGCUCUCCUUACCAGCCCAGAUCAGACCGUACACCUCGAAGAACAGCCCCGCCACCAAUUGAUAUCUCUGCUACUGACGAUCAGCCUAUGGUUGAUUCACAGCAACCGUCGCUACGCAGCACCAGACUCGACUUUGGCCGCCACACUCCGAUGCACGACAUCCGUCCACAAUCAUCUCCACAGAUUCGCUCAGAGCAAGCCUCGCGUCAGACGCUACGUCCGGUUCGAGAUGCUGACCGUCUGCCGUCGAUGCUGCCCAACCUGAACGCUGAGUUGAGCUCACAACCACAGUCGCCUACCACGCCAAGCGCGACGGCCCCGACUAGUCCUCGCUCUAGCCUCGGACGCAGAAGACCAUCGAUCCGCCAUCAGCUAUCCAUUUCUGGCAACUGGGAAGAUGAACAAAGCGAUGAUGCUGUGCAAGACACUUCGGACACAGCAGAGACGUCACCAGAGCCAAUGGUCGACAUCCAGAACGACAUUUCCAUGCAGGAUAUCGUUAAUGAUGAGACUAUGCUUGAAGGUAGCGCUACUCCCGUCGCUUUAGGUGUGCCGACCGUCGACGUUUCAGAUUCAGAUGCUUUCAUUAGCCACGCUUCAGCGCAGGACGGUAGCAUCAACACACAAACCCCAACUCAAGCUCAACCCGGAUUCGCACCCGCCCAGCCACUUCCUUCUGUCGAUAUUGUUAACGCUACACCACCAGCACUCAUGGCUCCGCGUGCUGGUGUUCCCUUUGUCUCGGCUCCAGCUCCUCUUGCCGCCGCCCUUCCCCGUGACGAAGAUGUCAUCAUGUCCCUUCAACUGCUCGCCUACGUCUCAAAAUACUGCAACCUACGUUCAUACUUCCAGGCUUCACAUCUCGUUCCCCGCCUCAAUAUUGACGCUGAGCUACGCACACUGGAUGCUGAUUACGACCCUUCAAAGCCCUUCACCGGUCCCUCUCAAGCAGAGCUCGAAGAGGCGUGGGACAAUGAGUUCGUCGAACAACCCGCUUACAACAUUUUCCCCCUGAUCGAAAAGUUCACUGUGCGUUGCUCGAGCUCUCGCCAAUCAUUGUUACCAACUUCGGCUCAACAGAGCGAGACGAUGCAAUACUGGGCCGGUGUCGUGAUGCGUAAUCUUUGCCGCAAAGACGAAAGCCGCGGAGGUAUUCGUCAAUGUGCAUACUGGAAGUGUGGCAAGUGGGAAGAGUACACACGGCAAUUUGCUAAAUGCAGACGAUGCCGACGCACCAAGUACUGCAGUAAAGAGUGCCAAAAGGGCGCUUGGGGCAGUCAUCGAUUCUGGUGUGUAGCAGCUGAAGAGGGCAAAGAAGGAGAAAACUCUCGGCAUCACCACCACCACUCGCACUCACAUUCGCACCAGCGGUCCCAUCAUCACGCACAGGGCGAAGCAGCGACGGCAUCAGCAGGAGCGUCAACAACACGAGGCGAAUCAUCACGCUCUCGAGCACAUCAUUCUUGA